CCUUCCCUCACCUGGGGCAGUCCCUGCCCACCUGGCCGCCAGACCCGGAAAUACACUUGUGCCUGAGACCAUGGAAGAGAGCUGGGCAUGGGAACCGGAGGCCUGGGGCUCCUCUGGGGGGUGGCCAGCACCCCGGGAGGCCAGCACAGGCCCUUCGCUGUCCUCUGUGCUCAAUGAGCUCCCCAGUGCUGCUACCCUUCGGUACCGAGGCCCUGGGGUCCUGCCCUGGGGGGCCCUGGAGGAGGAGGAGGAGGAGAGGAGCAUCCAGGCCUUCACAGAAUCUGCGCGGAAGGAACUGCAGGAGCCCCGCCCUUCCCGGGAGCUGCCCUGGCCCAUGCAGGCCAGACGGGUACACAGACAGAACCUUGCCAGGGACCAAGUGGCUCUUAACUCAGGGUCCAGGGUGGCCCACUGGGCUCUGCUGCUUCGGAGGUCCAAGGAGAAGGUGCGAGAAGGCCUGAAAACCUUGAAGCCCUGGGCGUGGACGCUGAAAAGGAUUGGGGGCCAAUUCGGCGCGGGCACCGAGUCCUACUUCUCCCUGCUGCGCUUCCUGCUGCUUCUCAACGUGCUGGCCUCCGUGCUUAAGGCCUGCAUGAUUCUGCUGCCCACCUGGCUGGAAGGGACCCCGCCUGGUCCCCCUGCCGCUAACGCCUCCUCGCCCUGCGGCUCCUACAACCCCCGCCCCCACGGCCUGGUCACCUUUCCCACCCAGCUCUUCAACUUGCUCUCCGGAGAGGGUUUUCUAGAAUGGUCUCCACUCUUCUAUGGGUUCUACCCACCCCGCCCACACCUGGCCAUCACCUACCUGUGCUCCGUCUUUGCCAUUGGCCUCCUCUACCUGCUGCUCAUCCUGCACCGCUCGGUGUCUGGCCUGAAGCAGACGUUGUUGGCUGAGUCAGGGGUCCUGACCAGCUACAGCCACCGGGUGUUCUCUGCCUGGGACUUUGGCCUCAGCGGGGAGGUCCACGUGCGGCUGCGCCAGCGCAACAUCCUCUUUGAGUUGCAGGUGGAGCUGGAGGAAGCAGUGGUGCGGUACCAGGCUGCGGUGCGAACCUUGGGCCAGCAAGCCAGGGUGUGGUUGGUGCGGGUGCUGAUCAACCUGGCGGUGUUGGCGCUCCUGGGAGCAGCCUUCUACGGAGUCUACUGGGCCACAAAGGCCACUGUGAACCUGCAGGAUAUGCCUCCUGUCCAGAAGAUGCCACUGCUAAAGCUUGGGGUCAAUUACCUUCCAUCCAUUUUCAUCUCCGUGGUCAACUUCAUACUACCAGUGUUGUUCAAGCUCAUUGCCCCGCUGGAAGGCUACACCAGGAGCCGCCAGAUCGUUUUUAUCCUGCUCAGGACUGUGUUUCUCCGCCUGGCCUCCCUGCUGGUCCUGCUCGGCACUCUCUGGAAUCAGAUCUCUUGCGGGGAGGCUGAGUGCAAAGCCUGUGGCUAUAAUUACAAAGAACUUCCGUGCUGGGAGACUCGGCUGGGGCAGGAGAUGUACAAAUUGCUGCUGUUUGAUCUGCUGUCGGGUCUGGCCGUCAUGCUGCUCAUCCAGUUCCCUCGGAAGCUGCUCUGUGGCCUCUGUCCGGGGGCGCUGGGUCGUUUCGCGCGGACCCAGGAGUUCCAGGUGCCUGACGAAGUGCUGGGACUCAUCUACGCACAGACGGUGGUCUGGGUUGGGAGUUUUUUCUGCCCCUUACUGCCUUUGCUCAACACGGCCAAGUUCCUGCUGCUUUUCUAUUUGAAGAAGCUCACCCUCUUCUCCACCUGCUCCCCGGCCUCCCGCACAUUUCGGGCCUCUACUGUGAAUUUCUUUUUCCCCCUGGUGCUUCUCCUGGGUCUGGCCAUCUCCGCCGUUCCUGUGCUAUAUGGCAUCUUCGUGAUCCCACCUUCUAAGCUGUGUGGUCCAUUCCGGGGGCAGUUGUCCAUCUGGUCCGAGAUCCCUAAGUCUAUCGGAAGCCUCCCCGAGACUGCCCAGAAUUUUCUCUUCUUCCUGGGGACCCAGGCAUUUGCUGUGCCCCUUCUGCUGUUAUCCAGCAUCCUGAUGGCAUAUACUGUGGCCCUGGCUAACUCAUAUGGACGCCUCAUCUCUGAGCUCAAACGCCAGAUAGAGACGGAGGCACAGAAUAAAGUCUUCCUGGCACAGCGCGCUGUGGCACUGAGCUCGGCCAACGGAGCUCUUUGACCUUCCCAGCCUGGUUCAGGGUGACGACGUCUCGCUUUCAGACAGAGACCCACCCCCAGAUCCUUUGAAGGUCUCGGCCGCGUCGUUUGGAAAAUGAAAGAACUGGAGAACAUCCCAUGCCUUUCCAGCCCUGGGGGUCGCUGCCUCUCCAGUGAACCCCUUUCUUGUAUCAAUAAACACAACGGAGGCUGCUGAA